UGAGUGGGACGCGCCUGCAAUUUUGCUAAGGAGGUACAUAAUUGAAGAGAAAUGCAGACCUCUCAACUUCUUCAGCAGAGGCCAACGGCCAAGGCGGCUGGUUUCCGGUGUUUUGCACCAAACGUUCGGCCCGUGGCGCAGCGCAUCGCUCGCUCUUGGUUGCAUCCAACUUCCCAGGCUUCCACGGCGUACGCGAAUGCCCUUGUCGCACGUGCGGUUGCCAGCCAAGCGGGCACACCACCGCCUCGAGCUGGAAAGAAGAAAGUCAAGAAGAUGGUUGACAUUACAGGCGAGGUGCUGAAGGAUCUGUCGAACGGCAUGUUUCAGGUCAAGCUGGAGAACGGGGUUAGCGUCAUUGCACAUUUGUCAGGGAAGAUUCGGCAAAAUAGGAUUAAGGUUGUCGUGGGUGAUACGGUUACGGUAGAGCUCAGCCCAUACGACCUGACAAAGGGACGUAUUACGCUUCGCCACAAACCCGGAGAGUCAGCCCCGCCGGCGACGAAGUAAUCACGCAGAGUCCAUGCUCUGGUCACCGCUGCUUAAUAGCAAGGGGGAUUGCAGGGGAGAUUUUUCUGCUAUUCAGUAUGUGAGCAUGUUGGAGAACCUCCCCUGCCUGCAUACCACUAUGGUUUUUGUGCAUGAUGUCUGAUAGUGUCCCGGAUGAAUACGGGUGCAAGGGUUACUUGUUGAGUGAUAAGUGUUUUUGAUUGGUUUUGCUGGUGUGUGGAGGAAUUCUCUGGAUUGUCCGAGUGCUGACGGACACCGCGAAGAAGGCAGGUGCCAUGGCCCGGCUAUGCAAGCCUUUGCCACCGCCGCUGGCGCCGCAGUCGGGAGCAAAGACAGCAGGUUCUGUAGAUGUCUUGGCGGCAAGUAUUACGGGUUGAGAGUACUCCGUGGCGUUGGACACCCCAAACACGUUUUUGACACCGUGCGCUUGACACGUCGCGCGGUGCUCUGUGUCGUAUUGUGCCUGAAGAGCCAAAAGCUGCGGGGUCGCCCCAUGGCAGGAUUUAGCGGGGCGGCAGUCGUGGUUGAAUGCAUGAUUGAUCUGCGUGACAGGGCCCCGAAAGUGCGGCCACACCCAAUACGGCCGUGUCCUGUCGGCCAGUGCUUGGUUCCUCCUGGCUCUACCUCUGAAUCAUUUAAAGGUUUCAAAACUUAUUGAAGAAUCGCUACGACGAUGGCAUAAUGCUUUUAUUUUUCCAAUGUACCUCAC